GUCCCGUCGUCACAGCAGCUCUGUAUAAACGCUCGUCCUACGACCGUCUCUAGCGGCGACAUUCCCACGCUGUAAACGACAAACAUUUUCGGGCUUUUCGGUACUUUCACCCACGCAAAUGGCCACGGAGAGCCUGGAGAUGAACGGCGGCGCCAUGAACGGCGACCGGAACGACGAGGUGGAGGUCCCACUGCGAGGCUCGUCGAGAAGACUACAGCGCCCCCUGAACAUGAACCAUUACGCCAAUAAAAAGAGCGCGGCAGAGAGUAUGCUGGACGUCGCCCUGCUGAUGGCGAACGCCUCACAGCUGAAGGCCGUGUUGGAGCAAGGCCCGAGUUUCACCUUCUACGUGCCCCUGAUCACGCUCAUCAGCGUCUCUCUCAUUCUCCAAGUCCUGGUCGGCAUCCUGCUCAUCUUCAUAGUGAAGUGGAACCUGAACGACGAGAGCAUGCACUACAGGCUGAACAUCUUGGAAAACGUGUCCACGGCCUGUGUUUUCAUUAUUGUCGUCAUCAACGUCUUCAUCACUGCCUUCGGCGUCCAGAGCCCCAACGUAAAUUCUUAAAGAGCCUGAGAUCAGACUGGGACUCAAUGGGGCCCUGGCAUCAAUUUCUCACGGACGUGGACCAACAGACGCCCCAGUGAACGGCAUCAAGGACGGGGUCUAUUUGUUAUUCUGCAAUUGUAUCUCCCGGGGACCAAACGUUUCACGAGGAUCAAGUGACUGUGUCUGCUCCUUGUGUGUGUGUGUGUGUGUGUGUGUGUGUGUUGAAGGAGGACUCACUGUGUGUGUGUCUCCAUGGAUCUAUAAAGAAAUACGUGGUUUUUUUAUUCCAUAGGGCAGAUUCACUCUGUUUUACCUCAUUUCAUGCUCUGAUGGAAACAAACGCCUUUUCUGGUUUUUAUAAGAAAAAAAAAUGUUUCGAAGAACAAUAUAGUGUUAGUGUGAGUCGAAGCCACUGUGAAUGCCCCCCCCCUUACAGAUCUACUGUGGUAAGAACUGUCAAAUGUGUGUUCUCAUCAGUUUGUGUUACAGAGAAAGAGGAACCUUUCUAUGAAUCCCAUCACAGUCAAAAUGAGAUUAUUUUUACAGGAAGUUCAGCGAGGCAGUCUUGUCUCAUCUGCUGUUUGUGGCAAUAAUAUUAGACCGCGAUGUGGGAAACGGGUGUAGCCAUCAGAUUGUCAAAUUAACCACAAGUUUAGUCACAAGAUCAAAACGAUCUAUAUGUGAGGUUUCUGUCCUUUUAACCUCAAGUUCACACCAGACGUCACCAGGUUCUUUGGCAGACGAUCGUAGUUUCGUCGUCUGUUUACAUCUAAUUUAGGAACUUUACUUACGAGACUUCCUUGUUUUAAUAUUGUCCGGGACAAUAAUUUAUUAACUGCCCACCACAUAAGCAAAAACAAACAUCACUUUUCCCUGUACUGUAUUUCCAUUCGAACGUUGUCGCCCCCCUGUGGUUUACUGCUGCACCGUCAACCUUAAGACCUUAAAAUUUUAUUUUAUUGUGACGGCCAGUUUAGAGUACUGAGUAUGGUUAACUUCAACCAAAUACUGAGAUUAAUUAAUUUAAUUAAUUAAUUGUUUUAUUAGAAAAAACGUUAUUCCUGUUUAUGCUAUUCAUCAUCUAUUCAUGUUUAUAUUCUCAUUUGUUUUAUGUUCUCUUUUCUGCCUUUUUUGCUCUCAUGUAUCUUUAAACGACCAAAGUUUUUGUAGCCUUUAUUAAGCUGUAUCGUAUUACACUGUGGAUUAUUGGAGAUUUUAUAAAUAAAGCACGUU